AUGGUUGCCAUCUCCGUUCCAACCGAGAAUCGAGCCAUCCAUCGCCUUGAGAAAGAAAUCGAGCCAUUGCGAAAGAAAUUGGCCGCUCAUCCUCUCUACAAAGCUGUUCAAAAUGUUGAUCAGUUAAAGGUUCUGAUGGAGAAUCACGUCUUCGCUGUCUGGGAUUUCAUGGGAUUACUCAAGGAAUUGCAACGGGGUCUCACUUGCAUCGAUGUCCCAUGGAGACCAGUUGGAAUGAGAGACUCGAGAAGACUCAUCAAUGAGAUCGUUCUCGGCGAAGAAAGCGAUCAAAUCGAUGGUCGCAACAUUUCCCAUCUCGAGUUGUACCUUGAAUCAAUGUACGACGCUGGGGCCAACACUCGUCCAAUCAAUCGACUCCUCGAGCAUUUCGCCAAGCAAAAAGUUGUCGAUAUUUCGGAUGAUGGGCUUAAAAAAGCAUUCGCCGAAUGCAGUGUGCCGAAGCCAGCUCGUGACUUUGUGAGAUCAACCUUUGAAGCUAUUCGAUCAGGCAAACUUCACGUGGUAGCCUCUGCAUUCACAUUUGGACGAGAAGAUCUUAUUCCAUUGAUGUUCACCGGAUUGUUGAAAGAUAUGAAUCAAAAGAUUGGAGAUGGAUCUCUAAAUUCAUUCAUUGUCUAUCUAGAGAGGCACAUUGAGGUUGAUGGUGAUGAGCAUGGACCGAUGGCCCUUCAAAUGGUUGCCGAGAUUUGCGGUAAUGAAAGAGAUCCCAGAUGGAAUGAAGCUAUUGUCGCGGCGAAAAAGGCACUAACAGCUCGAAUCGCACUCUGGGAUGGAGUGGUGGCUGAGAUCGAGAAACGAAACAGCAAGAAAGCA